AUGUACAACGGGAUCGGGCUUCGCACGGUGCGAGGCUCCGGUACGAAUGGCUACGUACAGCGCAACCUCAGCUAUGUGAACGCGUCGCGCACGCGACAUACGCUGGCUCGUAACCAGCGUGGCGGAUCGUCGGGGGAUUUUGACCCUCGAGGGGGAGGCAGGAACCGUCAGCCGCCGAACCCAGACAUCUUGUUGCACGAACAGAAGCGAAAGGUGGAGCUACAGCUACUGGAAAUGUCGCUGGAGAUGGAGGACCGUGGGUGCGAUCCCGACGAAAUCCAGGACAAGGUUAAGCGAGAACGUGAGCGACUGCUAGCGCGCCUAAAUGGCGCUGGAGACAGAGGGCGGGGGAAGGCCAAAGACUCGGAGAGCUCGCACGCUCGGCAGAAGCGCAAGGAGGAGGAAAACAAGCGGGUUAAAGACGCGUUUGGUAUCGCCAUGGACUACGUUGCUGGCGAAAGUUUCGACCCAGAGAUGCAGGAGCGACGUCGUCAGGAGAGGAAGGAGAAGAGAGAGCACGAGUGGAAAGAAAGGGAGGAAGCGCGUCAGCAGAGACUGAAGGAGAGAGAGGAGAGGGAAGGAACGAUAAAGGCGAGACGCGAGCGCUUCCGCUCUCCUCGCUCCAGGGAAAGAUCGAAAUCGACCUCACGCUCGCGUCGCUCUAGAUCUCCUGGGAAUCGUCGCCUCCGGGAUCGACGCAGUAGAGACCGUGACAAUGCCAAGGUUCGCCGCGACGCGGAAUCUAAUCCGCGUUCUGCAGUAGCCGAACGGGCAUCGCGUCGGCUGUCGUCGGGUGCGGAGCGAAAGCGCCGUUCAAUGUCCUCCUCCAGUUCUGGAUCGUCACGCAGCAGGAGUUCAAGUGCCUCCAGUCGCUCACGCUCUCGAAACGUCAAAGAGGAGAAGUUGUCUGUGAGUGUAUCGCCCGCUCGCUCCGCUGUCCUGAAUGGUGAGCGCAAGGUAUUGAAUCUGUCAGGUCGCUCUGCGCCUGCAAAUGUUGACGCCCCGCGGUCUCCUGCUGCAGACUUGCAGGCCCAGUCUCGCAAACGCAGACUGCGCAGGGCGUCUCCGGACGACCGACGUCGUCGCGGAAGAAGUACGAGUAUCGCCUCGUCCAGGGCCUCGCGCACUUCGCGCCGCCGACGCGUGCGUUCGCCCUCUCGGUCUCGUUCGUUGUCUUCGGAUAGAUCUCGUUCACGAUCAAUCUCGUCGGCUUCGUCACGCUCCCGUUCGCCCUCCCGCUCAAAGUCUCGUUCUCGCCGACGCAGCAGCUCUCGGAGACACCGUCCUAGUCGCAGCCGCAGUCGUAGCCGCGGCCGAAGCUAUCGCCGCUGA